AUCCUAGCAGCUUAGGACAUCUCCUUCCUUCAACCCUGGACGUCUUUCCUCGCGUCUCGGCUCCCCCUUUCCUCCUUUUGGAUGCUUUUUCCAGCCUCUCCCACUCUCCGCCACCCGCCGCCUCCUUUUCCUCCUUCUGCUCUCGGAGUAGCAGCAACAGCCGACACCGUCGGGGCUGCUCCGCCAGCGGCAGCGCCAUGCACACGGUGCAGAAGGAUACUACCUUCACCAAGAUCUUCGUCGGGGGACUGCCCUACCACACCACGGACUCCUCGCUGAGGAAGUACUUCGAGGUGUUCGGGGACAUCGAGGAAGCCGUCGUCAUCACGGACCGGCAGACGGGCAAAUCCCGGGGAUACGGCUUUGUGACCAUGGCUGACAGAGCUGCUGCUGACAGGGCAUGCAAAGACCCCAACCCCAUCAUCGAUGGCCGGAAAGCAAAUGUCAACCUUGCAUAUCUGGGAGCAAAACCAAGGAGUAUUCAAACUGGUUUCACCUUAGGGGUGCAGCAGUUACACCCAGCUCUCAUUCAGAGACCCUAUGGGCUUGCACAUCACUUUAUCUACCCUCAAGCGAUUGUUCAGCCCAGCAUGGUCAUUCCGACCCCUGUACAGUCAAUCACAUCUCCCUACAUAGACUACACAACGGCGACCCAGGCCUACUCGCAGUUCACCACCGCUGCCUAUGACCAGUAUCCAUACGCUGCCUCUCCUGCUGCUGGUUUCGUGGGAUAUGGCUACACAGGCACUCUCCAACCGCCUCUCACCUCUAAUCCGCCAGUAGCCACUUCCACGGCUUUUGUGCAGUAUCCACCGACACAGCUGCAGCCCGACCGUAUGCAGUAGAAGCCUAGGAAGUCUAGCCUUGGCCGCCGCCACCCUUUUCCAGGAGAACUCUUUCUUUCUAUAAUAAGAUGGAAAGCUUUUUGGAGGGUCGGGUAGGAAUCUGUGAAAUGAAAGAGGAAAGCAGGUUUUUUUAAUAAAAAUAACAAUCAACGUUUCUUUUUUUUUAAACAACCUUAUUAGGAAGAAUGCAUAUCGAUGCCUAAGCUAUUUAUAGUGUUACAGACAAGCUUUGCAAAAAAAGACUUACACUCAUAAUAAACGAACUUUGGUAAGCUCUUUUUUUUUAAUGAAGACAAAUAUUGUUGCAAAGAUGGACUGAAAAUGACUUCAAGUGAAAACUACAGGUUCUGGCACACUGAUAGCCAUUUACUUCCAUGGCCUGUUCUUUUCUUACUCCCCGCUCCUGCUUACACUAUCAAACUUUACAGUCUGGUCAUUUUACUCUUGCCAUAGAAGGUACCUGGAUAAUACAGUAAUGGGAAAAAUGCAAACCUUUUUUCUUUUUGGCUUGUAUUAAAAAUUUUGUAAUGCUCAAGAUGCCUUACAGGGGGGGGAAAACUAUUUUAAUAUUUAUUGUGAUCUUUUUUUUCAUUCACAGGAGCUGUGAAUUGCAGGUAGAAAAAUAGUAAUAUCUGCCUUGUUUCAUUCUCAACUAAAUUAUUGUAUGUAGGUGAAGAAAAACGUUCCUAAGUAACGCUAAAUCACUUUCAACAUGCAAAAAAGGGAAUAUUGGCUUUAAGGACAGUGGAAUAUUCCUUUAGUCAACGCACUGUAAUUUUUUUUUAUUAUAAUUGCUACUCUUUUAAGAUUAUCUCAAAAGUUUUAGGUAUAUUUUUAAAGCAAAAAAGGAAGAAAAAAGAAUAUGGAACAUAUUGUCUACUUUGAUAGAUCUUUCGUUUAUAAUGCUGCAAAGUCUAGAGAAAUUUUACAGUAUUUAUAUAAAAGCUAAGCAUGGGGGCAUGGGCCAGCAGUGCUUAGGAGAAUGUCAGGUAUGAAUCAGAGUUCUAAACAGGUGAACAAAAGGGUUUAAAAUGUGACAUUUUUAUACCCAGUGGUACAAACUGCUGAUUUUAGUAAAGGACGGUGUAAGUUAACUGCAUUUUUACAAAAGAA